GUCUUUUGGUUUUACGGACUAAGUUUUGAAUAAUUUGAUGAGAUUGACAACAGUCAUCAGGAUGGCAUCUCAAAUGAUUAGUAAGGAGCUUGUUGAAACGUUGAAGAACAAGUUGAGUGCCGAAGAAUGGAGAAAAGUCAGUGGUAUCAUUGAACAGUCUCAGGGUUCACCAUCAAGUCCAUCAUUAGUGACUGAUAAUGAGAGAAAAAAAGUCAAGAAGAGAGGAAGGAGCUCAAAAGCUCCAAGACCAUUUGAUUUUACAAAAUACAACACAAGGCAUGUAGCUUUGAAGAUUACCUAUCUUGGAUGGGAUUAUCAUGGGUUUGUCGUGCAGGAGGAUUCCCAAAAUACAGUAGAGCAUCACCUGUUUGAAGCCCUAACCAAGACGAAGCUGAUUGAGAGUCGUCAGACAUCUAACUACUCUCGCUGUGGUCGAACAGAUAAAGGGGUCAGUGCCUUUGGUCAGGUCAUUGCCAUUGACCUUCGCACCAACUUACUUCAAGGGUUAGGGGUCAUCCAGAGACCAGAUGGCACUGCCCAUGAAAGAACAGCAGGAAACACAACCGAAGAGCUCAAUUAUCUUUUGAUGUUGAACCGUGUUCUACCAAAUGAAAUACGAGUCAUUGCAUGGACACCGGUCGAACCAGGAUUUAGUGCGAGAUUUGACACCCUACACAGGACAUACAAGUAUUUCUUUCCUGCUGGAGAUCUUGACACAAGGCUGAUGAAUGAGGCCUCACAAAAGCUUGUUGGAACCUUUGAUUUCAGGAAUUUCUGCAAGAUGGAUGUCGGCAACGGAGUCGUGAUGCAUACCAGAACUAUUCGAUCUGCUGAGAUAAGAAAGUUAGAUGACAGUUCCAGUGGCUAUCAGAUGUAUGAGUUUACUAUCAGUGGUAAAGCCUUCCUGUAUCAUCAGGUUAGAUGCAUCACUGCUAUUCUCUUCUUGAUUGGGGAGCAUAAAGAGAAACCUGAGAUAAUUGAUCAACUACUGGAUGUAGAGAAUGAGCCGUGUAAACCCCAGUAUCCUAUGGCAGUGGACUUUCCUCUUGUUCUUUAUGAUUGUGCCUAUGAAGGAAUAUCAUGGAUAUACGAUGAAGCCAUCCAUGAUAGAAACAUAACACUAUUCCAAGAAAUGUGGACAGGUCACAUGGUUAGAGCCUCCAUGAUGCGAUCAAUGCUCGAGGGUUUAACCUCUGUUCCGUGUACUAUCCAAGCUAAGGAAUCUAAUUGCUCAGAUGUGGCGAUUCGUCUGUAUGAUAUCAGACAACCUAUUAAGAGGCAGGCUACCAGUCUUGUUGCAGGCUUACCAUCUAAACAACACAUACCACUAUUGGAUAGGCAAAGAGCAGAGAGUCUGGAGAAUCGCAUAGAACAUUUUGCCAAACGACGGAAAGUUGAAGAUGUCCCAUCAGCCAUCAGCAUCGUAGUGACAACCCCAUCAUCGUCAUGAUUUCCUCUUUCUUAUAGAUUGUAUUUCAAGAAGAUAUGCAUAAUUAUUUGUAUAUUCUCCCCUCACUGGCAAAAUUGUCAGUUCUAAUCUCAUUUGGCAUGCCCAAGUUUUUGUUGGGUGGGGGGUAAAACCUUAAAAUCUCACAACUUCACAGUUUGUAGACAGCUCUGAGAAAACUGUUGAGUGUUUCAUGAAACGACUUGUUGGAGGAUGUUUUAUCCGACAGUUACCAUAGUAACAGUGCUUGC